GAAUAUGCGUAUGAAGGUGGUCGAAGUAAACAUCGCCCCUCCUUCCUGUUUCUCUCCCUGUCUGGAGAACAAAAUGCUCUUUCACCUCGCCAGCAUGUCUGUGUAUCAGCACCGCGCAUCCACAGUGCCUGCCUGUAUCCUCUACCUCCGUGGCCUUACAAACAAGGGCAGGCGUGUCCUCAACACUCAAAUAACAGCCUGAACCCAGCGAGAGGACUUGGAUGUUGCUGACAGAAAUGUGCACAUAGCGUGGACUUGAAAAGACAGUCCCAUGGGCCAUAGUGGAGGGUCAACAACAGAGUGGAGAUGUUCAAAGAGAGACCUCCUCCAGAGGAGGAGAGGAGGGUCCGGGCCAAUGACAGAGAAUACAACGACAAGUUUCAGUAUGCGAGUAACUGUAUUAUGACGUCUAAGUACAACGUCAUCACCUUUCUGCCCGUCAACCUGUUUGAACAGUUCCAGGAAGUGGCCAACACCUACUUCCUCUUUCUGCUCAUACUGCAGUUGAUUCCUCAGAUCUCAUCUCUCUCCUGGUUCACCACCAUAGUGCCUUUAGUCCUGGUGCUCAGCAUCACUGCAGUAAAGGAUGCCACCGACGACUACUUCCGUCACAAGAGUGACAACCAGGUGAACAACCGGCAGUCUCAGGUCGUCAUCCACGGCUCUCUUCAGAAGGAGAAGUGGAUGAAUGUAAGAGUUGGUGAUAUCAUUAAACUGGAGAAUAACCAGUUUGUGGCAGCUGACCUUCUCUUACUGUCCAGUAGUGAACCUCAUAGCCUCUGUUACAUCGAAACCGCAGAGCUAGACGGGGAGACCAAUAUGAAGGUACGUCAGUCUCUGUCUGUGACUGCAGAGCUGGGAGACCCCAACAACCUGGCCUCUUUUGAUGGUGAGGUGGUCUGUGAGCCUCCCAACAACAAGCUGGACAGGUUCUGUGGUCUUCUGUGCUGGAGAGAUUGUAAAUACCCCCUGAGCAACCACAACAUGUUACUACGAGGCUGUGUUCUCCGCAACACAGAGACCUGCUACGGACUGGUCAUCUUUGCAGGCCCAGACACCAAACUGAUGCAGAAUAGUGGUCGCACCAAGUUCAAACGCACAAGCAUCGACCGCCUCAUGAACACGCUGGUGCUCUGGAUCUUUGGCUUCAUGGUGUGUAUGGGUGUGAUCCUGGCUGUGGGGAACGCUGUGUGGGAGAGAGAGGUGGGUUCUCUGUUCCAGAGUUACCUGGCCUGGGACCUGCCUGUAGACAACUUCCUGUUCUCUGCUUUCCUCUCCUUCUGGUCCUACGUCAUCAUUCUCAACACCGUGGUGCCCAUCUCACUCUACGUCAGUGUGGAGGUGAUUAGGCUGGGUCAUAGUUACUUUAUAAACUGGGACAGGAAGAUGUUCUGUCCACAGUGUAACACAGCAGCUGAAGCCAGGACCACCACUCUCAACGAGGAACUGGGACAGGUGGAGUACAUCUUCAGUGACAAGACAGGAACUCUCACUCAGAACAUCAUGAGCUUCAGCAAGUGCUCUAUCAAUGGACAUGCCUAUGGUGAGGUGAUCGACCCGUUGGGAGCACAGCCAAAGAGGCUAGACUUCUCCUCCUUCAACCCCCUGGCUGACCCUGACUUCUGUUACUAUGACAACGGUCUGCUGAAGUCGGUGAAGCUGGGAGACCUUCACAGCCACGAGUUCUUCCGGCUGCUUUCCCUCUGUCACACCGUCAUGAGUGAGGAGAAGAAGGAGGGAGAGUUGAUGUAUAAGGCCCAGUCUCCAGAUGAGGGUGCGUUGGUGACAGCAGCCAGGAACUUUGGUUUUGUGUUCCGGUCUAGAACCCCUGGUACUGUCACUGUGACAGAGCUGGGCCGACCCGUCACAUACACACUGCUGGCCAUCCUCGACUUCAACAACAUCCGCAAGAGGAUGUCCGUUAUAGUGCGUAACCCCGAGGGGAGGAUCCGUCUAUACUGUAAAGGAGCUGAUACUCUGUUGUUUGAGAGGCUCCACCCCUCCAACCAUCACCUGAUGAACAUCACAACAGAUCACCUUAAUGAGUAUGCUGGGGACGGUCUGCGGACCCUGGCCCUGGCCUACAGAGACCUGUCAGAGGAGCAGUGGGAGGAGUGGUCAGAGAGACACCGCCAAGCAGACAGAGCUACAGACUGUAGAGAGGACAGACUGGCUGACAUAUAUGAACACAUAGAACAGGACAUGAUGCUCCUGGGAGCCACAGCCAUAGAGGAUAAGCUACAGGAGGGAGUUCCUGAGACCAUCGCUAUCCUCUCUCUCGCUAACAUCAAGAUUUGGGUCCUCACGGGAGACAAACAGGAGACAGCAGUUAAUAUAGGUUACUCCUGUAAGAUGCUGACUGGUGAUAUGACUGAGGUGUUCAUCAUCAGUGGAAACACAGUGCUGAGUGUUAGAGAGGAACUCAGGAGAGCGAGGGAGAGGAUGAUAGAGUUUGCCCGUACGAGAGAAGGAGGAAAGGAGGAGGGGAUGGAGGGAUGGGGCGAGGCCUGUUCUCUGGGGAAUGGGUUUGGGGGAGACGGGGGAGGAGACGGGGGAGGAGAGGGGAGAGAGUGGCCCUCCGUGGGGGACAAACAGCAGCAGUGUCCCCCUCCCCCUGGCCCUCCUGCCCCUCGACCCCCCUCCUCAACCACGCUAGACUCCAUAUCUGGAGAGUUCGCCCUCGUCAUCAAUGGACAUAGCCUGGCCCAUGCGUUGGAGGCUGAUAUGGAGGGGGAGUUUGUGUCAACAGCGUGUGUCUGUAGAGCAGUGAUCUGCUGCAGGGUGACUCCUCUACAGAAAGCCCUGGUGGUGGAGCUCAUCAAGAAACACAAGAAAGCUGUCACCCUGGCCAUAGGAGACGGGGCUAAUGAUGUUAGCAUGAUCAAGACGGCUCAUAUAGGAGUGGGCAUCAGUGGUCAGGAGGGCAUCCAGGCAGUGCUGGCGUCUGACUACUCCUUCUCCCAGUUCCGCUUCCUCCAGCGCCUGCUGCUGGUCCACGGACGCUGGUCCUACCUCCGCAUGUGUCGCUUCCUCUGCUACUUCUUCUACAAGAACUUUGCCUUCACCAUGGUGCACUUCUGGUUUGGCUUCUUCUGUGGCUUCUCUGCCCAGACAGUAUAUGAUCAGUACUUCAUCACUCUCUAUAACAUCGUCUACACCUCUCUCCCCGUGCUGGCCAUGGGAAUAUUUGACCAGGACGUCCCAGAGCAGCGUAGUCUGGAGUAUCCUAAGCUGUAUGAGCCAGGUCAGCUUAACCUGCUGUUCAACAAGAGAGAGUUCUUCAUCUGUAUAACCCAGGGUAUCUACUCUAGUGUUGUGUUGUUCUUCAUACCCUACGCCAUCCUGUCCCACGGAACCCAGGGCACCGGGGAACCCCUCGCUGACUACCAGACCUUUGCUGUUACCACGGCUACCGCCCUGGUGAUCGUGGUCAGUGUGCAGAUUGCUCUGGACACAGGCUACUGGACAGCCAUCAACCAUUUCUUUGUGUGGGGCUCUGUGGGCACCUUCUUCACCAUCAUGUUGGCCAUGCACAGCCAGACUCUGUUCAGCAUCUUUCCCAACCAGUUCCACUUCGUAGGCAGUGCCCAGAGCACACUGGUCCAGCCGCUGGUGUGGCUGACCAUCGUCUUGACCACAGUGAUCUGCAUCGUACCAGUUCUGGCGUUCCGAUUCCUCAAACUGGACCUGAAACCACAGCUCUCUGACACGGUACGUUACACCCAGCUGGUGCGUCAGAAGACGAGGAAGCCAGCGGGUCGAUGCAUGGGAGGAGUCAGGGGCGGGGUCGGGGGCGUGCCUGAGGGUCGUCUGGGGGCGAGGGUCGGGUCCAGGAGGUCAGGAUAUGCCUUUGCCCACCAGGAGGGAUUUGGGGAGCUCAUCACCUCUGGGAAGAACAUGAGACUGUCCUCCCUGGCCCUGGCCAACUUUGCCUCCAGACACAGCUCCAGCUGGAUAGACACCCUGCGCAAAAAGAAACACUCAAACACACAUCCCCCCCAGAGCGCCUCAGGAGAGAGCAGCCCAGCUCCUAGCUAUGUGUCUGGAUCAGCUCCCCCCCUGUCCAAUUCAUCCUCUCUCCUGGGGGGGUCGCAGGACACUCCCCUGGAGGAGGGAACACACACGCUGCCUGUCAUACUCCCACAGGUGGCUUCUGGCCCUCCCACAACCACACCUCCAGCGUUAGCUCCAGCCCAGGUCCCCUCUACUGACGCUCUCACCCCCACCUCGGUGAGGAGUCCUGGGGGAGACUCGGUUGGUGGCUGGAACCUUAGUCUGGGCGCUGUACAGGAUGCUCUAUUUGGUUGGAGGGGCGGUGCCUCUCGCACCAGCGGAACCAGCAGCCCGGGACCUCCCCUUGUUCCCAAGGAAAACAACCACACCGUGUGAGACGGAUGGACAGAUGAUAGAAAGAAGAAGGACAGGCUGUCAUAUCCCACUGGAUUCUCUUGGAAUACGUGAAGAAAUACUGCAUUUGGAAGUUUGGAAUACUGAAGUUGGAAUGUUGGAAUGGCACUCACCCUGGGUUAGGAAGCGAUCCAAAGUGGCAGCCAUUGUAGGCAGAAGGCAUACACACCCAUCCACACCCACUGGUAUUUGUAUGACACUGUCGUUGCAAUAGUGUUGGUACAUAUAUGUAUCCGUCUGAAAGAUAGUGUGUGGUAGUUGUGAUAGACAUGCUCAAACUACCCACAACCCACUUCUCUGUCUUCUUCAACCAAUGAGGCGGACUGAAAGAAGCACUUCUUCAUGCAAAUGAUGUAACCAUCUGCUGAAGAGCUUGGUACCACAGGGAUCCGGAGAGAAACCCCGCUCCAACAACACCACUGUGGUUCAGACAUGACUAUACUAUUUAUACAAUGGAUCAUAUGUCAUAACAUAUCAGAUUGGUUCAAAACAAAGUAUUGAAUUGAGUCUUUAUGACAGAAGAGAGGUUCAUUUGGUCAUCAGAAAGGUGGUGAAUUGAGUCUUUAUGACAGAAGAGAGGUUCAUUUGAUCGUCAGAAAGGUGGUGAAUUGAGUCUUUAUGACAGAAGAGAGGUUCAUUUGAUCAUCAGAAAGGUGGUGAAUUGAGUCUUUAUGAUAGAAGAGAGAGAGGUUCAUUUGAUCGUCAGAAAGGUGGUGAAUUGAGUCUAUGACAGAAGAGAGAGAGGUUAAUUUGAUCAUCAGAAAGGUGGUGAAUUGAGUCUUUAUGACAGAAGAGAGUUUCAUUUGAUCGUCAGAAAGGUGGUGAAUUGAGUCUUUAUGACAGAAGAGAGGUUCAUUUGAUCAUCAGAAAGGUGGUGAAUUGAGUCUAUGAUAGAAGAGAGUUUCAUUUGAUCGUCAGAAAGGUGGUGAAUUGAGUCUUUAUGACAGAAGAGAGUUUCAUUUGAUCGUCAGAAAGGUGGUGAAUUGAGUCUAUGAUAGAAGAGAGGUUCAUUUGAUCGUCAGAAAGGUGGUGAAUUGAGUCUUUAUGACAGAAGAGAGGUUCAUUUGAUCGUCAGAAAGGUGGUGAAUUGAGUCUUUAUGACAGAAGAGAGGUUCAUUUGAUCGUCAGAAAGGUGGUGAAUUGAGAUGAAAUAGCAGAAUGAGUGGUUUUUAUGAUCAGCUGAUGUUAGACAUAGUACUCCAAUACACCUGUCUGUAUCCAGCUGUUAACUAUUCAUAAACAUGUCUUUAAUAGGCCAAGUAAUGCUAUCUACCUUCUCUAAUAAUGUAUGACACCGUGUAAACCAAUGCAGUAGUGUAGAGCUGUCCCUCUAACCUGUACAGUCUGUAUGAGGAAGGUCUCUGGAACCUUAUCAGUGGUCCUGGUCUUUGUAUUCAUGGUUACAUAUUGCUGUGUCACCAUGCCCAAAGACUUAGUCAAACCAGACAGGCUGCACGAUCCUACACUCUUAUGGGUACAUACUACUGUACAUUCUCUGUCUGACUGACAUUUUCACAUACAUAGUCCGUCUGUUGUUUUAGCCAAUAACUUGGCAGGACACUGAGGGGUUCAGUCAGCCAACCAAUGACUGAACAAUGCAGGAUGUUGUCCUUGCUGGAAUGUUGUAGUAUAUGUCAUCAUAAGUUCAUGGGCAGAGUUUCUGUGUUCACUAUAGUUCUCAGUGAGAACGCCAUUUUAAGCUUACCGGACACAGCAAGACUCCUCUUCGUCAUGUUCUUCUUCAUCCUCCUCCUCUGCACCAUAUUGGUGACCUGCUGCUGGGCCCACAGACAGAACUACAGUUAUAUCUCAGACUCUGAGCCCCACCUGUACUGGGCUUAAGAGAGAGGAGAUGGACUUCUAACAAAAACCUGGACCUCCAUGUUGCUUUGGGGCGGACUGAGUGUGUGGGAAAGUAUGCUAAUAUGGGCUUAUACAGUCAGACAGUAACCUGUAGUUACCUAGAGACUGAGCUGGUCUAGGAACAGGAGAACGUGUUAAUGAGGGAGGGAUCAGGGAUGUUGUUAUUAUUAAGCCUUAAUAAAUCCACAGUAAUGAUGAUCAA